CAUCAAGACACCAAAGUUAUGUACCCAACUCAUAACUAAUGCUUUGAUGGCGUCCGUGGUUUGCUCAAGGGCUUGCCCCUUUGUUUCUCAUUCGUCUACAACCUUCUCUGGGCGAUCGCUUGCUCGCACUGGCCGUGUUGCGCUUGGACGCGUGCAAGCAGUGAAGGCUCCCGCUGGCGUGACCAUGCCACCAAGGCAGCCAGAUGUCCCACCUCCGAAGAACGGCUUUGUGGAUUACGCGGAGCGCUUGAAUAGCCGAGCUGCGAUGAUUGGAUUUUUUGCUCUCCUGGCAGUUGAGGGCUUCUUCGGUAAAGGCCUGCUGGACAUUAUCGGGGUCGCGACGGGCAACGGCCUUGGCUUUGAGCUGUGAGUGCACUCAAUAAUUAGAAAUGGCAUAACAAGCUUCCUCCUGGCUUUUUUGUGCGUACUUAGUUAUUUGCGGGUCCUGCGUGUGGGCUGCGAUGUGCCUGGGGUUGCCAGCCCCCAGAACUUUUGUACUCGGGCUGUGCACGCAGUGUGUAUUCCCUUUGCCAUGUUUUGUGUGGAGCUGCGAUUUCAGAUUUGAUGCCCCUACAUACCGGGUGUGCUGCCAAUUUUCGUUUUUGAACUGAAUGGUAGGUAUGUGCAUCAGGAGGAUGCGUGUAUUCUUGGCAAGGUGAAAACAUCAGGAAGUCCCUAUGCUUCCCUGAGUGUUCCGUUUGUGUGUGUGUCUGUUUGGAGUCUGUUUGCGUUGAGGCCAUGAUGCUUCUGAGGCUGCUGAGGGCAAGCGUCCUGAGCUCAGAGUAAGGGUGGUGCACGUGGGGCGUUACAAGACGCAAAUGUAAGACUGCUGCGGC